CUUUGCCUCGUCACUUUCUCUCUCUCUCUCUCCUCGAAAUAGGAGGAAGCGACAUUUGACGCAAAGAUGUCUCGCGCCAUCCUGACGCACCUCAAUUCCUUUGCCAAGAAGUCGAACCCAGAAUGCCGGAGGCCCGAGGAAGGACUUCAGAAUGACCUGAUUCUGCGCGCAGCCCGUGGCGAGGAGACGGAAAGGGCGCCAGUCUGGGUCAUGCGACAGGCCGGUCGAUACUUGCCUGAAUUCAGACAGCUGCGCGAGAAGCACGAAUUCUUCGAGUGCUGCCGGACCCCCGCACUGGCGGCCGAGAUCACCAUGCAGCCUAUCCGUCGGUACGCAGGCCUGCUCGAUGCCGCCAUCAUCUUCAGCGAUAUCCUCGUCAUCCCGCAGGCGAUGGGCCUCGUUGUCGAGAUGCUGCCCCAGAAGGGGCCCCACUUUCCUGAUCCCCUCGUCGAGCCCUCUGAUGUAGAGCGACUCCGCAAAAAGGUCGACGUCGAAAAGGAGCUUGGUUAUGUCUAUGAGGCUAUCCGACAGACACGGCGGCUUCUCGACGGCCAGGUGCCCCUGAUUGGCUUCUGUGGCGCUCCUUGGACGCUCAUGGCGUACAUGAUCGAGGGCGGUGGCUCGCGCGGCUUUGAAAAGGCCAAGAAGUGGCUCUUCAAGCACCCGGAGCAGUCCAAGGAGCUCCUCGAGCGCAUCGCAGACGUCUGCAUCGACUUUCUCGUCGGACAGGUCAAGGCCGGCGCCCAGCUGCUCCAGGUCUUUGACUCCUGGGCUGGCGAGCUGUCGCCCUCGGAUUUCCGCACCUUUAGCCUGCCCUAUCUCCGCCAGAUUGCCUCGGGCGUGCGCGAUGCCCUGAGCCGGACCUCGACGCCCUGCGUGCCGCUGAUCUGCUUUGCAAAGGGCGCACUGGGACACUCGCUCCCCGAGGUCGCCAAGAGCGGUUACGACGUCGUGGCCCUCGACUGGCUCGUCGAGCCCAGCGUCGCACGCCGCGUCGUCGAGCUCGCCAACCCGGGCGGUAACUCGUACAAGGGCCUGGGCGCAAACGAGGCCGGCCACAAGAUUGCCCUCCAGGGCAACAUGGACCCCUCGAUUCUCUAUGCGGGCAAGGAGGCCAUCGAGCGCGAAGUGGAGAAGAUGUGCCGGGCCAGAAAGGGCGGCUUUGGCGGUCAGGGCGCCUGGAUCGCCAAUCUCGGCCACGGCAUCACGCCGGGCGUUGACCCAGAGGACCUCCGCCAUUUCCUCAAGUGCAUUCACAAGUACAGCCGAGAGGUGGCUGGGCAAAAGGAUGAAGAGUAGGCGCCGAUUGUGCGCGUGUAUGAUUUAUGCUGUUUUGACUGUUCACUUCCUACAACUGCUAUAAUCGGACAAAAGCACCGCUACUGUUCUGGCAUAUAUGCACGGAGAGAAAAGAAAGAGAGAGACAGAAGGAGCAAAGGCGCGAAACCAGCCUCAGCGGCUGAGGUAUCGAAUCGUGGCAAAGUAGCCCAUGACGGCGAGGGCGAUCAUAAAGGCGACGAUGCCAAAGAACCACCGUAGGUUCUCGACAUCUUGGCCUGGCACGUGGACGUUCAUACCCCACAGA